AUGACCGACCAAAGCACCCCUAACGAAAUCUCCGCUCGCGCGGCCAUGAGCUCCUUGAAGCGAGAUCCAAUGGGCCUGUACGACCUUGGAAGCGACGGUGUGUUGCGAUCCUUCGAUGGACCAUACAAGCAUAAUGUCAUCGACGCUGUUGGCCUCAGCCCUACACAGAUCAAGGAGCUUCUCGAUGCGAGGGAGUGGUCACAAGAGGUGGAGGACAAAUUUCGAGGCGUUGAUGGGAGGCGAGUGACAGAUCCGAAGGCGUUGUUCGAGUGCCCGGAAGACUCGAAGCCCAAAGAACAUACAGAAGAGAGUUUGAAAACAGCCCUGGCUGAGACAGCGGAAAAGAACAAGAAGCUGCUUGAGCAAAUUGCGAAGGAUGAAAGGGACGGCGUUGAUAUUGCUAUGAAGUAUGCAUGUGGGAGGGCUGUGAGUAACUAUGAUUUGAGCCCUAAAGUUUCCAAGUAA